AUGGAGAACUGGCAGCGAUUCAAAUCAACUUACUACUACGACAAGGCUUUCACCCCGGAACUCUAUUAUCCGCUUGGUCCCAUACCAUCCAAUGUUCAUGACCUUGUGCCCCUCGUGAGACGCAUAAAAAACUUCAAGAAAACGGAGCAUCGUUAUCCUCCUGUGUUUAACGAGGAUCGCACGGUCGUUACAGGCUUAAUGGACAGGAUAGGCGAGGGUGGAUGGACGAUAGACAAGGCCAUUGAUUUCUACGCACUGAAGCAACAUCCCUUCAUAGGGGAAGAAAAUAUCUCAAAUAAACAAUAUUUCUUCACAGACGAACAAAUUUUCCACGCAAACGAACAACACGCACCAGCGUAUGAGGUAGACCAGAUCGAUUCGACGAUAGUUCGGCUACACAACGCACUAACCGCCAACAAGCUCCUUGCUACACUGCAUCAAACAUUAUGCCUACAUUAUGCCUAUUGUCCAAAGACUAACCUCCAGGAUUAUCCCAACGACCAAUUUACGAGUGAGGAGAAAGCAAUCAUGGAAGCUGCGAUAGCAAAAGCGACUGAGACGACGAGAUUGGCACGCGAAAAAGGUUCCGAACUCCUUGCACUCGUCCAAUGGCUUCGUCGUCUCGAUCAUACCACUGGGCGCCUCAUAGAGUGCAAGCGAGAGAUCAGUAAUCUUAAAUGGAAGAUAGCACAUCCACAACGUGCUCUAGAUGACGCAAAAAAUCAGAAUCCCAUGGAUGUCAGACCAUACCACUCUUUUUUCGAUAGGGAUUUACCACCCACACCAGGAAGCUCCACAAGCUCCAGACCAAACUCUCCCUUUCUCAAUGACGUUCCUCAUACUCCGCGUCAUCCUCCUCCCUGGAACCACCAAAAAAACCCUAAACCAACCAGCCAAAAAACCUCAACUGUCGGAGAAAACGAACAGCCAACCCCGCCAGACAUCCACGAACCAUGGACGACAUAUUCAACACAUUUAACACUCGACCCCAUCGAUCUUCCGGGAAAAGAAGAAGCAGUGAAGAAGUAG